ACUGUUUUAAGUGUAAACGCCUGUCGUCUCCAACUCUCGGGCAGAAGAUGGCUGAUUUACCUAGUGAUCGUGUGGCGUUUGACAAGCCACCAUUUACUAAUGUUGGAGUGGACUGCUUUGGCCCUUAUCUUGUCAAACAGGGCAGAAGCCAAGUGAAGAGAUAUGGCUGUAUCUUCACUUGCCUAUGUGUGAGAGCCGUGCACAUAGAGAUCUUGCAUUCUAUGGACACUGAUUCAUUUCUGAACGCUCUUCAUCGAUUCAUGGCUCGCCGUGGAAGACCAGAGCUCAUCAGAUCUGACAACGGCACAAAUUUCGUCGGAGCAGAGAGAGAGCUGCGAGAGGGGUUAAGUAGAUGGAACCAGCAGAGAAUUCAUGACCAUCUACUCCAGAAAGGCAUUGAAUGGAGGUUUAACCCACCAGCGGCCUCGCACAUGGGUGGAUGUUGGGAACGCCAGAUAAGAACGACGAAGAAGGUGCUCGGUGCCUUGAUGAGACAGCAAGUGCUGUCUGACGAGAACUUAUCAACGCUGAUGUGUAAGGUGGAGUCCAUCAUCAACGGGCGCCCUCUGACGGUAGUGUCGGAUGAUGCGGUGGAUCCAGAACCCCUCACUCCGAAUCAUUUGCUCCUGCUGCGGGGUAAUGGUACUGGGCCGCCUGACCUCUUCGAGGCACGAGAUGUGUAUAGCAGGCGACGAUGGAGACAGGUUCAGUACCUUAGUGACAUUUUCUGGCAGAGAUGGAGGAAAGAGUAUCUUCCUACACUCCAAGCGCGACAAAGGUGGAACGAGCGUGAGCGUGAUGUUAGCGUGGGUGACAUCGUUCACAUCAUGGAAGAAGCACCACGAAACCACUGGGCUGUCGGUCGCGUUGUAGAGAUUUUCCCAGGCAAGGAUGGGCUAGUUAGGUCAGUUAGGGUGCAAACCAAAUCAUCGACCCUUGUUAGGCCAAUUCAUAAGCUGUGUCUUUUGGAAUCAGUGAAUCAUAGAUAGGUAUAUUCUAUCCCCAGAUAGGUACAAGUUUUACCCCUGUGUUUGUUUCUUAGAGCACUCUAUUUGACAGAACUGAACUUCGAUAGAGAGACAUUUCAAGAUGAAUAGACAUUUUGACAAAUGAACAGAGAAAUCAAAGUACAGUUUACACCAUGGACUGUUAUUUGAAAGGACUAAUAAUUCUGCAUAGAGUGGACUCAUUUAUUACUCUGAAAAAGGACAUUUCAAGUAUUCACCUGUAUAGCAGGCUAGUGGACUGGUUGCUUAGCAACAGGAGCCUUAUUGGACUCUUUUUCGUACAGACAACACAUCAAUAUCAAAUUUAUGUAUCGAUGUGCAUGUAUAUUGUUGUGAUGUUUGUUUUAUAUACAUGUAUUAACAUUAUUUAAUAGGUUGUUUUCAAGAUAGAAAUCACUAUUUUAUCAUGCAAUUGCAUUUUGUGCAGAGAUUUACUUUCUAAAGAGGGAGAUUAUUUAAAAAGGAGAUGAGAAUUUAUCAAUAUUGAUGUUUUCUGACAUUGCAAGAAAUUGCUAAACUAUGGGAUUCUUAGGAGUAAAAUAUCUGAGAAUAUGGAAUUUUCUUUAGAUCUGUGUUGUCUUCCAGUAUAUACACAUUUACUGCAAGCAAAUUAACAUAUUGAUAAUGUGUUUCAGGUACAAGUAAAGACAGUUAUGUGUAACAGAGCAUUUAAAUUGUCAAAAUAUUCCUUUUGAUAUAUGAUGUUAUAAAUGAUUGCUUUUAGCUCACAUUUAAGGGGCCGGUAUGUUACUGACAGGAAGUUUUCUCCUGUGUUUGAUAAAAUCAUGUAACGAUAAGUCGGGAAAUGCUGACGUCAUAGACGAGGCUUUUUGGGGAAUUGACAUGUAUUUGACUAUUGAGGGCGUUUCUUCGCAUGCCACUGAUUUUUCUUGUUUGGAACGGUCUGACGACCGUGAGGUUGUGAUGAUAAAUUAAUUCUUUUUGAUGAGCCCAACGUUAUUGAACCGUGCUGAUACGUGCUGAAGUAUCUUGACAGCGUGGUCUCAUACUGGGUUUAGAACUUUGUGUCCUGCUUGAUUAUUUAUCGUCACAGUGUCCCCAACA